AAAAUGUUCCUCACUUGCAUCAAGAAUAUAAUCGUCCCAACGAAGCGAGAUGGAGAACAUCAACGACUCCUCGAAGCCGAACGUGGACAGCAGCCAUCAGUCAACUCUGGCACUUUUACCAAUGGUUUUGGCGACAAACAAGACGAUGCAGAAGCUCAACCACUGGCGAGGGGUCUUGUAAGCGCCCGGGUCGUGUCCGAUGCGACGAUAGGCUUGUCAGAUGGAUUGACGGUUCCUUUCGCACUGACUGCCGGCUUGUCAGCUCUGGGCACUACCAAUCUAGUCAUUUACGCCGGCUUUGCGGAACUCGUUGCUGGUUCAAUCUCGAUGGGGUUGGGAGGAUACCUGGGUGCGAAAAGCGAAGCAGACGCAUACUUCUCAGCACUCCAACAUACCAAGGAACUCGUAACAACAAAUCCUGCGGCAGCCUGCGACAUGGCUCGAUCGACGUUCCAGAAAUAUGACAUCAGCGAGUUGGUCCUCAAUUCGCUCAUCAAGGACCUUGAACGCGAUUCCGAUAAUUUCGUGGACUUUGUCAUGAAAUUUCAUUACCAGCUCGCGGAAGCUGACUUCACCCCGUCUAGAGCUUACGCAUCUGGCUUUACGAUCGCUAGCGGCUAUUUCCUCGGCGGACUAGUGCCGUUGCUGCCGUACCUCUUUUUCGAGCACAUUCGCGAAGCACUGUCCUGCAGUAUAAUCGUCAUGGCUAUUGCCUUGUUUGCAUUUGGAUGGCUGAAGACCAGUGCGGUCGGGGAACGCAGUCGAUGGGUGUGUUUUCAAAAUGCCACUCAGAUGCUCAUUCUCGGGACGGUUGCUGCUGGUGCCGCGAUGGGUUGCGUAAAGGCCAUUGGCGGCUAAACUCUUCAUUGUGCCUUUUUGGUGCUCGAGACUUUAUACUGAAGCUGGACGUCGUCCACAAGAAUACCAAGCAUCCAGCAAUUUGUCAGGAAGAAGAGGAUACUGGCUAACCAGAGGCCUGGCACGAAGGAAGAGUUACCCAGAAACUCCAAGACGAAGCCUUGCUGCAGCCAGAUGGCUUGCCCAGCAAUCCAUAAAACCAGAGCCACCGUUCCAAGGCGAGGGUUUUUCAGCAGGGAGGAGGACGGCAGGUGAAAUGGCAGGAACACCAUGUACCAUAGAAAGUACUU